AUGUCGCUGCAGACUCUGAAGGAAACACUCAGACAUUGCACAACCCAACAAUCACAACCUUCUUCUUCUUCCUCCCAAUCCAAUUCUAUUCUCCUCAAUUUUAAUUCCCAUUUCCCAAUCCACAGAAAACCCCCCAAAUCCUCUCUUGCCGAUCAGCUUCGCCUCCUUCAGGACCCAGAUGACCCACCGUUUAACCCACACAACUUCCUUUCGCAACAAAACCACUCCAAAACCCUACAAAAACAAGUUAAACUAGAAGAAGAGGAAGAUGACGACGACGAAGAAGAACAAGAGCCAGACACAAAGAGGGUGAAAUUCAGUUCAGCCAAAGCUUCUCACUUUCAAUUUGAUCAUACUGGACCCUUUGAGCCUUUGGUCUUGUCCACUAAUGGAGAAUUUCCUAUAGUUCAGGUUCCUGCAUCUAUAAACUGUAGACUGCUUGAGCAUCAGAGAGUGGGAGUGAAGUUUCUGUAUGAUUUAUACAACAAGAAUCAUGGAGGCAUCCUUGGAGAUGACAUGGGUCUUGGAAAGACGAUUCAAACAAUAGCAUUUCUUGCUGCCAUAUUUGGUAAAGGAGAAUCUGUUCAUAGUGAGAAACAAGUGGAGAAAAGAGACCCUGUAUUAAUAAUUUGCCCAUCAUCCGUUAUUCAGAACUGGGAGAGUGAAUUUUCUAAGUGGUCCAACUUCAGUGUUUCCAUUUAUCACGGUGCAAACCGCGAUUUGAUAUAUGAUAAAUUGGAAGCAAAUGGAGUGGAAGUACUUAUUACCAGUUUUGACACUUACAGGAUUCAUGGCAACAGUUCUUUGUCAAAUAUCCGUUGGAGCAUUGUGAUUAUUGAUGAGGCUCAUCGACUUAAGAAUGAGAAAUCAAAACUCUAUAAAGCAUGUUUAGAAAUUAAAACCCUGCGACGAUAUGGUCUUACUGGGACUGUAAUGCAAAAUAAGAUCUUAGAAUUGUUCAAUCUCUUUGAUUUGGUUGCACCUGGAUCCCUUGGAACACGGGAACACUUCCGUGAGUUUUAUGAUGAACCCCUUAAGCAUGGUCAGAGGUCAACUGCUCCUGAUAGGUUUGUCCAAAUUGCUAAUAAGAGAAAACAACACCUUGUUGUGGUUCUUAAUAAAUAUAUGUUGAGAAGGACAAAGGAAGAGACCAUAGGGCAUCUUAUGAUGGGGAAAGAAGAUAACAUUGUGUUUUGUGCAAUGAGUGAUUUGCAAAAACGUGUUUAUAGGAGAAUGAUCCAGCUUCCUGACAUUCAGUGCCUAAUAAAUAAAGACCUGCCUUGUAGUUGCGGUAGCCCUCUUACUCAAGUUGAGUGUUGCAAAAGGAUAGUACCAGAUGGAGCUAUGUGGCCUUACCUUCACAAAGAUAACCCCGAUGGAUGUGAUUCAUGCCCCUUUUGCCUUGUCCUUCCAUGCCUUGUCAAGCUACAACAGAUAAGCAAUCACCUCGAGCUGAUUAAGCCAAACCCCAAAGACGACCCUGACAAACAAAUUAAAGAUGCAAAGUUUGCUGCUGCUGUCUAUGGCCCAGACAUUGACUUAGUUGGCGGGAGCAUGCAGAAUGAGAGUUUCAUGGGUCUAAGUGAUGCAGAACAUUGUGGCAAAAUGCGAGCACUUGAAAAACUAUUGUUCUCAUGGUUUUCCCAUGGUGACAAAGUUCUUUUGUUUAGCUAUUCUGUAAGGAUGCUGAACAUACUGGAGAAAUUUAUCAUACGAAAAGGCUACUGCUUCUCAAGACUUGAUGGGUCCACUCCAACUAAUUUACGCCAGUCACUGGUUGAUGAUUUCAACUCUAGUCCUAGCAAACAAGUGUUUCUGAUAUCAACUCGUGCUGGUGGGCUUGGAUUGAACCUUGUUAGUGCGAACCGUGUUGUAAUAUUUGAUCCCAACUGGAAUCCUGCACAAGACUUACAGGCUCAGGACAGGUCUUUUCGAUAUGGUCAGAAACGGCAUGUUGUGGUAUUUCGUCUUCUCGCAGCUGGUUCACUCGAAGAACUAGUUUAUUCUCGUCAGAUUUACAAACAGCAGCUCUCAAACAUCGCUGUCUCUGGAAAGAUGGAAAAACGAUAUUUUGAAGGUGUCCAGGAUUGUAAGGAAUUUAAAGGGGAGCUUUUUGGAAUUUGCAAUUUAUUUCGAGAUUUAUCUGAUAAACUAUUUACCAGUGAAAUCGUUGAACUGCACGAGACGAGUAAAAAAGACGGGCAAAAAACAAAACAUGAAAAAUUAAAAAUGUCGGAAGAAACUGUUCUAUUAGCAUCAGAUUCUGAAACCAGGUUAUGUGCUGAAUCUACUGGUGCUUCAACAAGUAAACCAGAUAUUGAAUAUGAAGACCUCGGCAUUGUUUACGCUCAUCGCAACGAAGACGUUGUCAACUCCCGACCAGGGACUCAAGGGCAGUUAUCUACGAGUGACCCCCCUUCAAGUGAUAGCUUAAGCAAGUCAAACAUCUCUUUAGUCCAUCAAAGGGAAAAACCAGAUUGUGUACCUAAAAAACAGAAAAUUCCUUUGAUUGAGGAAAGGAAGCUAGCCGAAUUUAGCCUCCUUGCAGAGUCUAUGGGCAUGGAAGAGCUUGCAUUUAGCAAAUGGUUACUAUCUGCAACUCCAGUAGAGAGAGAAAAAGUGCUUAUAAACUACAACAAGAAAAAGAAAAAGCUUAAAGGUUGA